GUCAACCCCUCCUCAUCUUGCCUGAAGUUAAUAGUGAUCAAGAAUUGUUUCUAAUAAUAUUUUCAUCUUGCUAGAUUUGUUGUCGAAUAUAUUUUUGAAGAUUGCUUUACUGAAUGAGCUUAUCUCUUGUACUGAGGUUAGUUUUUCUGAUUUGUACUCUAAUCCCAAUCAGUUAUCCCUCGUUAUUAGUCUAGCAGAUAAAUUAAGAACCGGUUUCUCCAUUAAUUUCCCUCUGCAAUGAAAAAGAAUUCGAAUGGGGUGGUGAUUCUCAUCACUUUAUUGAAUAUCUUGGUAUAUAAGCUCCACAAACUUCAAGAAGCACAGCAAAAAAAGCGCUUACCAUUGUCUAUUCGAAAAUUAUGCCGUCAUUUUUCCCUUGGAGACAUCAAGUCAGCAACUAACAACUUUAAGGAAGAAAUGGUGAUCGGAAAGGGUGGUUUUGGAAUUGUUUAUAAAGGUCUCAUUGACUCCAAAGAGAGAAUUGUGGCCAUAAAGCGGGCGAAAUCUAUGUCCAAGCAAGGAAGCAAGGAGUUUCUUACUGAGAUUGAGAUGCUUUCGAAGUCUCAGCAUAGCCAUGUGGUCUCUCUAGUUGGUUAUUGCGAUGACGAUGAUGAGAUGAUACUGGUUUAUGAGUACAUGCCUUCUGGAACCCUUGCUGAUCAUCUGUAUAAAAGGGUCAGAAAAGGUGAGACUUCAUUGCCUUCUUUGACGUGGGUGCAGCGCCUCAAGAUUUGCAUUGGGACAGCACAUGGACUAAAUUACCUUCACACGGGCACAAACAUUGAGACCAGAGUCAUACAUAGAGAUGUCAAGACUUCAAACAUUCUGCUCAAUGAAAAUUUUGCAGCUAAAAUUUCGGACUUUGGAUUGUCCAAAACGGGUCCUGCAAAUCAGACUUGUACGUAUGUAAGCACUCGAGUCAAGGGCACACCUGGUUAUCUAGAUCCAUACUAUGUUGAAACACGCAGACUGACUAGGAAAUCUGAUGUCUAUGCAUUUGGUGUAGUGUUAUUUGAGGUCUUGUGUGGAAGACCAGCAGUGGACAGGAGUCUGGAUGAAGAGCAAAUAGGUUUAGCUGGAUGGGUACAACACUGCUUUAAAGAGGGACACUUGGACCAGAUAAUUGAUCCCAAUGUUAAGGCAAACAUUUCUUCUGAUUCCUUAAAUGCAUAUGUUGAUGUUGCUAUCAAGUGCUUAGAUAUUCGACCAAAGCUCCGUCCUACUAUGGCUGAGAUUGUGGUUGGUCUUGAGUCUGCAUUGACAUUGCAAGAAAAGAGUACACAUUAUACUUUACCUGAGAUAAUACCUGACGAUUUUACCCAAGAAGAUUUGAAAUUCUCAAAACCUGAGGUGGUUUCUACUAUCCGCAACCCCAAAUUAUGCACGGGAGAAGGGAAUAAGAAGUCCUCUGAUGGAAUGACAUUCCCAAAAAGGGUUAGUGCCUUUGUGUCUCUUACAACUCGGGUGUUCUCAGGCAAUAGAAAUGCAAAGAGAUCAAGAUACAGUUUUAGUGUACUUUCAGUUAAUAGUCAUAAAGUACAAGCUGCCGGUAGUCAGACCUUCACACCAGUAUAUCAACCGGAGCCACCAACACCUAGGAAAGAGGAAGAAGCUCUGAAAUCACCAAAAUAUAAGAUUUUUACAUUCAAUGAUCUUGCAGUAGCUACCAGAAAAUUCCAUCAUCACAGUCUUUUAGGGGAAGGUGGUUUUGGUUGUGUUUAUAAGGGUUGGAUUGAUCAAAACACACUUGCUGCUACGAAAUGGGGUACUGGUCUGGCUAUUGCAGUAAAGAGAUUAAAUGUAGAAGGAUUUCAAGGUUGCGCGGAGUGGAUGACAGAAAUCAAUCAUCUGGAUACACUUUGUCAUCCUAAUAUUAUAAAAUUGAUUGGGUACUGCUCCGAAGAGGAGCAUCGGCUUCUAGUAUAUGAGUUCAUGCCUCAGGGCAGCGUGGAAAAGCUUCUAUUUAGGAGGGAUUCAAACUUUAAACCGCUCACUUGGAAGCUUCGUAUGAGUAUUGCACUUGGUGUAGCAAAAGGGCUUGCAUAUCUUCACAGUUCAGAAGCAAGAGUGAUCUACCGCGAUCUCAAAGCAUCCAAUAUACUGAUUGAUUCUAAUUACAAUGCAAAGAUCUCUGAUUCUGAGUUGGCAACAAACGGUCCAGAUGCUGGAGAAAGCCAUGUCUCCACCAGAGUUAUGGGAACAUACGGUUAUGCAGCUCCGGAAUAUAUAACUACAGGUCAUCUGUAUUUGAAAAGCGAUGUCUUCAGCUUUGGAGUUCUUCUCCUAGAACUUUUGGCAGGACGAAGAGUAAUUGAUUUGACCCUUCCAACAACAGAACAUAACCUUGUUAAUUGGGCUAAGCCUUGCCUUACCAGCAAGCGUAAGAUUUUGCAUGUCAUAGAUGCAAGCAUGGAAGGCCAAUAUACAGUUGGAGCAGCUUUAGCAGCUUCUUUACUCGCACUUCAAUGCCUCUCAGAGGAUCACAACUUAAGACCUGAUGCGAACCAGGUUGUAAAAGCACUAGAGCAGCUUCAGGAAUUUGUGAACUCAGGAUAAUAUCACAAGUGCAGCCCUUGACAAGGUCUAGAAGCAUCCCUGUUCUUGAACUAGAAGCUCACAUACAGGUAAAAACACUUCAAUCAUCGACAUCAGGACUUGCAGACGGAGAGUUUAUAGAACUGAACGUGUACCAGGGGUACUUCACUUUAAAUUUGAAAUUGCUCGUAAAUUUUAUGGUUGGAUGGCUACAUGGUGUGUAAAAAUUACAGUACUUGCUGAAUAAAUCUAUAACAUAAUGCAAUAUAUGAAAAUGAAAGACUACAUAUUUGAUACUCUUUUCCCAAA